ACACAUUCUUUUAUGUAGUUUUAUGUAGUUUUUUCUUUCCCUAAAAACCGAUUGUGAAGAACCUUAAAGUUACAGGAGUUUGGUGUGUUCUUAGUUCUUAUUUGAUUUUCAAGGAUUAGCAAGAUGGAUCUCAAGAAUGUUAAGGUUCCUAAGAGGCCUGGUGGUGGUGCCGCUUCUGCUUUGAUUAAGUUAGGAGUUGUUGCUGGUCUUGGUGUGUAUGGAGUCGCUAACAGUCUCUACAAUGUUGAUGGCGGGAAUCGUGCUAUUGUUUUCAACCGUAUUCUUGGUGUUAAAGAUAAGGUUUAUCCAGAGGGGACACACUUCAUGAUUCCCUGGUUUGAAAGGCCUGUCAUAUAUGACGUUCGUGCACGUCCACAUCUAGUGGAAAGCACUUCUGGCAGUCGCGACCUUCAGAUGGUUAAAAUUGGACUUCGGGUUCUCACGCGUCCAGUACCAGACCAACUGCCCACUAUUUACCGAACUCUUGGUGAAAAUUAUAAUGAACGUGUCCUGCCAUCAAUUAUUCAUGAAACUUUGAAAGCUGUGGUUGCACAGUACAACGCUAGCCAGCUCAUCACCCAGAGAGAGAAUGUUAGUAGAGAAAUACGGAAGAUCUUAACUGAAAGGGCAGCCAACUUCAACAUCGCUCUAGAUGAUGUGUCCAUAACUAGCUUGACUUUUGGAAAGGAAUUCACGACUGCAAUUGAAGCAAAGCAAGUGGCUGCUCAAGAAGCAGAGAGAGCAAAGUAUAUUGUGGAAAAAGCAGAGCAGGAUAAACGAAGUGCUAUUAUUAGAGCUCAGGGUGAGGCUAAGAGCGCGCAGCUGAUCGGUCAAGCUAUUGCCAACAAUCCAGCGUUUAUCACGCUCAGGAAAAUUGAAGCAGCAAGAGAUAAUGCACACACCAUUUCAAAUGCAGCAAACAAAGUGUACUUGAGUUCUGAUGAUUUGUUGCUCAACCUUCAGGGCUUGAACUUGGAGACAACCGGAGGAAAGUAACCAGGAAGCGACCAUGGCAAAACGGUUUGCUAUUUCACCAUUGCAUUUUCUUCCUCUGCUUGUUAAUAUUUGGGGACUAUUCUUGGAGAUAGCUUCUUGUUGGCGAUUGAGAUAGCAAUUUGGUCUCGUAGUCUAUUUUUCUUUUCAACUUCGAAUUUUCCUUUCCAGGUCAUACACUUCUUUUAAAUGUUGUUCCUCGGAGAAUAAAUAUGAAAAUUGAAGCUAUUAAGAGAAAUCAUAUCUAGGCCUGCUCUCCAUUUCAUCCUUUA